CAUCAAAGCAUUCAUGGAUGCUAGUAGUGAGGCCAUCCAAUUAAUCCUCCAUGGAUGUGCAUUAGCCAAAGAUCUUGAAUCAAACCUCCCAACCUUAGCAAACCAACCUAAUUUCUUAUCUUCUUCAUGUAAACAAAUCAUCCGUGUAUUCAACAAAGCCAUGGAUCUAUUGAAUACUCCCCACCCAUCUCCCUACAGCCACAUGAUCUUCAGCGAGCCGCCCGAAUCGUGGCGGCCCACUUCUACAGAAGCCAUGGAUCUCCUCCACGCACACGCUUUAGUUGGGAGGAACCCGUUCGAUGUGCACAUGUUUUCGGCACCGAAGAUCGGCGUGGCCAAUGAUCUUGAUCUAGGGUUGGAGAUCACGACUAGCGGUGUAGAUCUUGAGUUGGGUCAACCGAUGGAGUAUGCGGCCGCCGGGGAUGUAGAGGCUUCGGUGCGAUCGAGGUCCACUGGAGAAUUUCAGGCAACGGACACGUCAGAUUCCGGUAGAAGUUCUUCAAUGGGAGGGGCAUUGGUCCAAAGAACUGGGAACAGGAGAGAGAAUCGGAGCAUACGUAAGGAGAGGGUAUCUGCACCUCGAGCGGGCAAUCCAGAGAUUCCACCCGACGAUGGAUUCACCUGGCGAAAGUACGGCCAAAAGGACAUCCUCAAUUCCAGAUUCCCAAGGAGCUACUACCGGUGCACACACAAGAACUUCUACGGUUGUCAGGCGAAGAAGUAUCUCCAACGGCUGGAUGACGAUCCUUACACGUUCGAGGUCACGUACCGUGGCCACCACACGUGCCAAUACUCGGCCUCACCUCUCAUCCUUGGCCCACCAGCCUCUCAGGAAGCGAUGCAUGGAACUACACAACCACAGCCCGUAUCCACUUCAAUUCAGUUGGGCCUUUCACACGUGCUAAUGCAGAGGGAUCCUCACGUGGGAUCUUCACACGUGCAAGGUGGGAAAGAUACGGAGACUGUGGUGGACCUUGCUGACGCCAUGUUUAACUCAGGGAGCAGCAGCAGUAGCAUGGAUGCUAUUUUCUCUUCCAGGCAAGAGAAUUAGGAAACCUACACGCGUGUAUGGCAUUGCCCAUCUACAC